UGGACUAUUGCAAUCCAAGCCUCCUCCCCUCUCUCUCUCUCUCUCUCUCUCUCUCUGUGCAAAAAACCCACAAAUUUUCUCUCUCGCUCUCUCGAAUACGUGAUCGGAUUUGUUCACCGCGAAGUUGCAUGUCCGAUUGAGACAGUCCCACCGGUGCAUAUCGGCGUACGGAUCAAAAUCUCUCUCCAGCGAGGGUUAUUGCAUGAGAUGGAAGAUGGAGUGAGAUCUAGUGGGGGUUUGGUGAAGAAGAAGAGUUCUUCUGGUUGUUUGAUCAGAAAGAAGAAAGUGGAGGGGACGAGUGGGGUUGGGGUUUCUGGGUCAAGAAAGGAUUUCCAGUCAAAUAAGGAGAUAAAAAGGUCGCGGUUCGAUUUCAGUGAUUCGGAGUCGAUUGAUGAGUUGCUAGAGCCAGUUCGAAGGAAAGUUGUUUACGGAACUGAUAGAUUUCGUAAUGGUUCGGCUGUGAAUAGUGAAAACCUUGUGGAAGAUAGCAAAUUUGGUCAGAAUGGGGAAAUUGGGAGUGAAAGGAAGAAGAGGCUAGAUGCACGUGAGUUCUAUGACUAUGAUGGUAUUGAUGGAAAGAGAAUGAGGAAGGAUUAUUUACAAAGUAGGUUUAUGAUUGCUGGACGGAGUGGGAGUGAGCGGGAAUUUGAAACUGGGUCUAUUAGACAUGUCAUGAUGAACAAGAGAAGUGAGAGGGAAUUUGAAACUGGGUCUAGUAAACAUGUCAUGAUUGACAAGAGAAAGCAUUCUUAUUUUGACGGUGCAAGUAACUCAUCAGCUGGGAGGAAAAAUGUUCCUGAUUAUACUGUAAAGAGUAGGUUUGGGAUAGAGGACGGUGAAGCUCAUUUACCCGUGUCGUCUUUGAGACGGGAGUUUCAUGUUUCGUCUGAUGAGACUAUCAGGUUGCAGGGUAAAAAUGGUGUUUUGAAGGUGAUGGUAAACAAAAAGAAGAAGAUGGAAGAACUACCUCACAAAUUCUAUGAUCGUCAGUUGGAAGUUGAGAGUAGAAAGGGUUCUAUUUCUGAAAAUGCUAUCAAGAAGAACACAUUUGUCGGACCUUCAUUGUACUCGUGUUCAAAACGGCAUGAAAAAGAGACAUCCGUCGGGCCUUCAUUUUACUUGGGUUCAAAAUGUCAUGAAAAAAACUCAUCUGUCGGACCUUCAUUUUCCUUGGAUUCAAAACAUCCUGAAAAAAACACAUCUGUCAAACCUUCAUUUUACUCGGAUUCAAAAUGUCCUGAAAAAGCAAUUUCAUUUGUUAAAACGGAGAAGAGUGAGCUAAAACUGCGAAAGCCAUUGUCUGUGAUUUCUAAGGCUGGCAAUUCAGAAACAGAGGACAGUGAUACGUUGUUGAGGCUGGGACCAAGUGUACAAGCUCGUAGCUCAUCAAAAGGGGUAAAAAGCGAAGGGAAAGCUCCAUCAGCUGAAAAGAUCAUGCCAGAUAGAGGGGAGGAAGGAAAAGUAAAGCGUGGUUAUGGCACAGAAAAGCAAUUAUUGCGUGAAAAGAUAAGGGCUAUGCUUGUGAGUGCUGGUUGGACAAUUGAUUAUAGACCUAGAAGGAACAGAGACUACUUAGAUGCAGUUUACAUUAAUCCCACAGGAACAGCAUACUGGUCCAUUAUUAAAGCUUAUGAGGCGCUUCAAAAGCAAUUGGAGGAAGAAGAUGCUGAAAUAAAACCUACUGGGCACUCCUUGCAAUUUACUGCAUUACCAGAGGAGGUAGUUAGUAAAUUAACUAGGCAAACCCGAAAGAAGGUUGAGAAGGAAAUGAAGAGGAAGCGAAAAGAUCAUGGUAGGAGUAAGACUGUUAAAGGAGUUUCCAUGGAAGAGUUUGCAGAGGGCACAGUCGGUGAUGAGGAUGACAAGAAACUAAAUUUCGUCAUGAAGCAGAAUGGUAAGUCACCAAAAGGGAGAUCACAUGGAACAACUUGUGUGAGUGGAGAUAAUUCAAGUGGUGCUUUAUACAAGGGAUCAUCCAAGCAAGAGAGGGCUGAAAAACCAUCCACCACAACCAAUUCUCAUAUGAUACAAGCAAGAAAAAGUCGAAAAAUUGGCAGAUGUACCUUAUUGGUUCGCAGUUCUGAUAAGAAGUUAAAUUCAGAAAGCGACAGCUAUGUUCCAUAUACGGGGAAAAGAACCCUGCUUUCAUGGCUGAUUGAUUCUGGAAUGGUGCAUUUAAGUGAAAAGGUGCAGUACAUGAACCGUAGACGGACACGGGUAAAGCUGAAGGGUUGGAUUAGUAGAGAU